CACCUUGGUCUGGCUGGUGGUGUCAAAGAAUCUCGAGUCCAUCUCUGCCACCGCAUCAACUCAAUCUCAGUCACUCCCCGACACGCGCACGAGCUCCACUCCACCCGCACCCAACCCAAGGCCAGGCCAGGCCACGCCGCACACCGCCACUGCCAUGGACGCGGGCGGUUCGCCGCCACUGUUCCUCCUUGCCGCGGCGGCGACCGCCGUGCUGGCCGCCGCGGCGCUGGGGUGGCUGCUCCUGGCCGGCGGGCGGGCGGCCGCGGCGGGGCGGCGGCGGCGGUCCGCGUCGUCGGCGCCGCGGCUGCCACCGGGCAGCACGGGGCUGCCGCUCAUCGGGGAGACGCUGCGGCUCAUCGCGGCGUACAAGACGCCGAACCCGGAGCCGUUCAUCGACGAGCGCGUGGCGCGGCACGGCAGCGGGGUGUUCACCACGCACGUCUUCGGCGAGCGCACCGUCUUCUCCGCCGACCCGGCCUUCAACCGCCUCCUGCUGGCGGCCGAGGGCCGCGCCGUCAGCUGCAGCUACCCGUCCUCCAUCGCCACGCUGCUCGGCCCGCGCUCGCUGCUCCUCACGGCGGGUCCCGCGCACAAGCGCCUCCACUCGCUCACGCUCACCCGCCUGGGGCGUCCGGCCUCGCCGCCGCUGCUGGCGCACAUCGACCGCCUCGUCCUCGCCACCAUGAGGGACUGGGGCCGCCCCGGCGCCGCCCCCGUCCGCCUCCUCGACGAGGCCAAGAAGAUCACCUUCAACCUCACCGUCUGGCAGCUCGUCAGCAUCGAGCCCGGGCCAUGGACCGAGAGCGUCCGCCGCGAGUAUGUCAAGCUCAUCGACGGCUUCUUCUCCAUCCCCUUCCCCUUCGCCUACCUCCUCCCUUUCACCGUCUACGGCCAGGCCCUCAAGGCGAGGAAGAAGGUGGCCGGAGCUCUUCGGGAGGUGAUAAGGAAGAGGAUGGACGAGAAGGCGGAGACCGGUGGCGCCAGUAAGAAUGGGGAGGAUGAGGAGAAGAGGGAGAAGAAGGACAUGGUGGAGGAGCUUCUCGAAGCAGAGGGUGGGAGCUUCUCCGUGGAGGAGAUGGUGGAUUUCUGCCUGUCUCUGCUGGUGGCUGGCUACGAGACCACCUCCGUGCUCAUGACGCUCGCCGUCAAGUUCCUCACCGAGACACCCGCUGCACUGGCGCAGCUGAAGGAAGAGCAUGACAAUAUCAGAGGCAUAAAAGGCAAAGACCAACCUCUGGAAUGGAGUGAUUACAAGUCGAUGCCAUUUACACAAUGUGUGAUAAGUGAAACACUGCGCGUGGCUAACUUAAUUGGCGGGGUGUUCAGGCGUGCAAACACUGAUAUUCACUUUAAAGAUUACGUUAUUCCAAAGGGCUGCAAAAUAUUCGCUUCGUUCCGAGCUGUGCACCUUAAUCUGGAACACUAUGAGAAUGCUCGGACCUUCGACCCUUGGAGAUGGCAGAGCAAGAACAAGCUUCAGAAUGCAGAAGGGGCAAGUCUGUUCACUCCCUUCGGCGGCGGACCUCGCCUGUGCCCGGGCUACGAGCUUGCCCGGGUGGUGGUUUCUGUUUUCCUCCACCAUCUCGUCACAUGCUUUAGCUGGGAAGAAGCUGAGGAGGACAGGAUUGUCUUCUUCCCCACCACCCGGACCCUCAAAGGAUACCCCAUCAACCUGCGGCGGCGACCGGAUUAUGCAUGAUUUCUGACCUCAUGUUAGUAGUUUCCAGUUGUUAUCCUUAUCUUCGGAGCAAGGCAAGACUAAGCAUAGAUAAGAAAGAUGAUGCCGUCGUCGCUAGUAGUUAGUGAUUUCCCUCACUCACUCUCUGUUCCUAUCUCUCUCUCUCUCUUCUCUCUUCUAGUCUGUAACUUGGUACCGGACAGCAGCCAGCAAACUUCGUUUUGCUUGUAAAAUGAGACCCCAGAAAAACUGCUAUGAAACGCGUACUACUAGGCUUUGUUUAGUUCA